AUGAAGCCUACUCGCAGAUUCAACAAGCCCGAUACUGUCUCAAAGCUGGUUUUAGAGGAAGUAAUUGGGCUGACAACAAAGAAUGGCAAUGGUUUAGCUUCGAAUGCCUUGAGUUCCAAAUGUGCUUAUUUGGCAGGUUCUGUGGUGGUGAUAUAUGACAUGAAUUUGUGUACUCAGUCACACCUCAUGGUGUCUAAUAGAUUGCCAAAGCCUUUGAGCUGUGUAGCUUUGUCACGAGAUGGGCGUUUUGUUGCGGCUGGAGAGGCAGGAAACCAGUCCUCAGUACUAGUAUGGGAUUCUUUUACUUCAUCUAUUGUCUCUGAAUUGAAAGGUCAUCAGUUUGGAGUUGCAUGCAUCUGUUUCUCACCCAAUGGUAAACAUCUGGUAUCUGUUGGGGGAUAUAUAUAUCUUUGGGACUGGCGGAGUGGUGAGCUGGUAAAAAAGCUUCAAGCAACUUCUUCUUGUUCUACUAUCUCUAGUGUUAGCUUCUCAUCAGAUGCAAAAUUUAUUGUAACUGCUGGGAAGAAGCACUUGAAAUUCUGGAUACUUGGAUCUUCCAGAAGGACUCAAUUAAAUGGAGGGAUGAGCAGAACGACAUCAUUAGCAAUACAUGAAAAGCCUGCCAAUCUCUCUAUUCAUAAAGGAAGCUCAUUUACAUCUGUUGCUUCUUCUGUCUGGAGUAGUGGCUAUGAUAAUUGUAAACAAGCUGGUGACCACUUUCCCAUAUAUACGAUAACUGAUUCAGGCAUAUUAUACCUUAUUGAUUCUGGGAUGUCAGUUGUAAAAUCUGUGACUUUAAGGGUUCAAAAAGCUUUUGCAUUAUCAACAUCUGAAAAACUAAUUGCUUGUGCAUGCAAUAAUGGAACAGUCCAAUUAUUUACCCAUAUCUCUCUAAAAUAUGUGGGCAGUAUAUUAUAUUCAAAGACCAAAAGGUUCUAUGAAGAAAGCAAUUCUGUUUUCCAUGCUAUAGUUCCCGAACAAGAUUCUGAGCAUUUGCUUAAUCUGCCUGAUGCAGUUGCCUGUCACUUUUCAGCCUUAGAAAAGCUUGUGGUUAUUUAUGGAGAUCAUAGUCUCUACAUCUAUGACAUCCAUGAUGUGAAUCAGGUCACAAAGUGCUUCGUGCUAGUUUCACAUUCCUCAUGCAUAUGGGAUAUCAAGAAUCUAUGUUGUGAAAACAUUCAUGAUCCAUCUCUUGCAUGUACUGCUAGAGGUUGUUCAGGGGGUAUUUCUUUUGCAACUUGCUCUGCUGAUGGUACAAUUAGGCUAUGGGAUAUUGCUUUGCAAUCUGAUUUAUCAGAAGAUGCUCAAGAGUUGAAGACUGAACUAUUAGGUUCUUCAUGUUUAGUAACUGCUGGGACAUUUGAACGUGAUGCAGUUACAGCAGAUCUUGCCAAUCAAGAAUUUCGAUCACUUGCUGUUAGUUCAGAUGGAAAGUAUCUUGCUGCUGGUGAUUGCAAAGGAAAUCUUCAUAUAUACAACCUUCAAACAUCGGAUUACACAUGUUUUCAGGGUACACAUGAUGCAGAGAUUCUUACAUUAAGCUUUACUUUGUCCCCCCAAAAUAUAUCUGAGGAAAUUGCAAAGAACAAUUACUUUCUUGCCUCAGGGGGACGAGAUUGUAUGAUUCAUCUCUAUGAUGUGAAAAGAAAUUUUGAUCUCAUUGACAGCAUUGAUGAUCAUUCGGCUGCAGUGACUUCUAUCAAAAUUAGCAGCAACAGUUGCAGGAUCCUCAGUUGUAGUGCUGAUAGUUUCCUGGUGGUUCGUGAUGUAGCUAAAGCAGAUAAUGGUUAUAAAAUUUUACAGCAACAUCGUCAAAAGGCUUCACAACGUGGAACUGUUUAUGACAUGGCUGUGGAUAUGUCAUGUGAGACUGUUGUUACUGUUGGGCAGGUAAAGUAGAUGGCUGUUGACAGUAAGACAUCAAAGAUCUAAUAUUGUCAACAGGUAAUUAUGGAUCCAAGCUGCACUUAUGUGGUUUGCUCAUUCUCUAACAAGUCCAUCUGCAUAUAUGACCUUAUCACGGGAGAGAUGGUUGCGAAGGCCACAGGGCAUGCUGAAAUUAUUACUGGUGUCAUUUUUUUGCCUGAUUGCAAGCAUAUAGUGUCGGUGGAUGGUAAUGGUUGUGUUUUUGUAUGGAAAUUGCCGACUCCAUUGUCUUCUAAAAUAUUUGAUAGAAUAAUGGAAAAAUAUAAUCCAUUGUCUCCAAGAAGCUCUGUUCAACUUCUUGCGCAUAGUCAUCUGUCAUUUUACAAAGAGGGAUGCCAGCAUUCAAAGGUUAAUCGUGAGGAUGUUUGGUCAGUGAAGAACAACAGUCAAAGUGGAGAUCAAGUGCUUUAUCCAGAAAGCAGUCAUAGAGAGGUUUCAUCUUUUAAAUUUAGUGUUUCAAGACUUCCCAGAUGGGCACAACCUAAAGUCACCAGCUCCAAUAGUGAUAGCAAGAAUCUUAAUAAUUGCACUUCAUCAAAGGCACAAGUUCCUUCAUCUCCACAAGUUCAAAUUCCAUCAGAUCAGGCUUCUCUGUCUCCUGAGAGUGUGAACUCUCAAGACUCAAGGUCUGGAGGAACUUACAGCAACUUUGCUUCGGACAAUUGUUGGCACUCUGUUUAUACUGUUUGUAUGGAAGCACUUUCCUCGCCAGAGAUGCAGAAUUUAUGUGAGACAAAGUUUCCAGAGAUUCCCUUGAGUAUAAGACAAGAUGGUGAUGUGAUCAGUGAUGACCAGAACUCCUUUGGGCUUAGUAGCCUUAGCAAGAAGGAAAAGAUGGGUCUAGUUUCAGGCCAACAUGUUGGUGGCAACAAUAAUGAUGUUUCUUGGUGUUCUAAAGAAGUUUCUGAUGGUAAAACUGAGCAGUUGUUAAAUGAAUCCAGAAGUGUAUCAAAAACAACUAUUGAAGGAAAUUUGGGCUAUCCGCUCUUUGAAGAAGACAAUGACAUGUUUAAGCAACAUUUUGGUAGCUUAUCAAAUACACACAAGAAAAAGUCAAGGAAUUCUUUAGUUAGAAAGUUUUCAGCAAGAUAUACUGUGCAAUGGGAUUACCCAGGGGAUUGCAAGAAACUAUUUAGCAGUCCUGUCAGGAAAAUGAAUGACAGAAAGAGCUCUGAGGAUGGAAGUGCAACUGCUAUUAUAUCAGAAGAAAAAUCCUUUCAGGUGAAGGAAAUUGAGGAAGUUGGAAAUUCUUCUCAGCAGGACCUCAUGAAUUCAGCACAACGUUUAGCAGAUUCAACAUGUGAAUUAAUCAAAUUCCCUGUCAAAGAAAAUUCAGUUGAUAAAGGGAAUGAUCGGGGAGAAACCAUCGCCGCAUGCAAGGAAGCAUUUGGUAGCUUGGAUGCAGCAGCUAAGAAUGCUGUGCAGUUACUUACAAAACUAGAAAAGUUUUAUGGGGAAGAGGUUUCAACCGGAGCUGUGGCUCAAUUUUUAGACGAUGCAGCUGAGCUACUUCCACAAAUUGUUGAAAAAAUUAAUGCUGCUGUAAGAUUGGUGCAAUGUAGGAAGAACGGUAAGUCCGGAAGUAGAGUUAGUGUUUCAGAAAUUGAUCAGUUUCGUAGAUUUGCCGAAGGCAUAUCAGGUAAAAUAAUGGAAAUACAAAAGGACGAUACUAGCAUUCAUUAA